GAUGUUUUUCCAACACGCUGUGCUAUAGCACUGCCCGUGAUCCGAGUCGUAGACGCCUCGACCCUUACUAUAUAUCCGGCAAGAUGAGACUCGGCUGUCAGGUUCCGUUCCGCAAUCGCUACUUUUGCUCUUCACCUGACCAGUGACCGGGACCACUCAGUACUCAAGCUCAAAUUGCAAACUCAACAGACAUACGUUUUGAAAGAAAAUGCAGAAACAAACCAACAGCUAUGGUCAACUAUUGCCUGAUCAGGUAGAUCGUAUCUCCAGUCUUUUUGAUGGCCACCUUGGUCUAUUAGCCGAUGCACGCGAAUUGUACCGCGAGAGAGCAGCGUUAGAACGCGAUUAUGCAACAAAGUUGAAGCAAUUAGCGAAGAAAGCAAGCGAAAAGAAGAACAAGAAUGAACUAUUACUAGUCCUUGGAGACGACAAGGCCGUAUACACGGAAAGUGUGAUACAACAGAACACCCUGAAUCAUGCAUAUUCUGAGAUCUUAUCAUCGAUGUCAAGCUCUGCUCAGGACCAUAUCAACCUAGCAGAGGCAUGGUCUCAAAUGACGGAAUCUCUGAAGGCUGUUGAGCGCCGCAAUGAUGAUUACAAGAAAAAGUAUGACGCCGAUUGCGCCGAAGUUGAAAUUCAUCGUCAAAAGCAGUCUGGUCACGAUCGACACGCGGAGCGCUCAGCGAGACAAUAUGAUCUGCAGAGGCUCGACAUGCUCAAUAGCAAGAAUAUUUAUAUUAUUUCAACUGCAACCGCCAACAGCGUGAAGACGAAGUUUUAUACCGAGGACCUGCCAAGUCUUGAAGAUACUCGUCUAGUCAUGGAUUUCGUUGGUGUCAUGAGAGAGGCCCAGAAUAUCCAAUUGUCACACCAAAAUAUCUUGAAGGACCGUCUUACAGCCGUUAUCGCCGCUUUGAUUGAAGUCCAACCCGAUAAGGAUCAGGCGCUUUUCGCAGAAUACAACAUACGUCCGUUCAGCCUACCCAACGACUGGGUAUUUGAACCAUGUUCAAAUCACUACGAUACAGGAGAUAUUUGUAUUGAUUCAGGUCCCAAGGUGCUCUUACAAAAUAAGCUCGCGCGCUCGCGAGCUAAAUUGAGAGAACUGAACCAUGUGCUUGGAAAAAAACGGACUGACGCCGAGAAAUAUCAUGAUGACGCCAUGAAUAGCUACCUUGAUACUGCCCACGAGGUCACCGCCCUCUCGACCUCAGCAUGUGUCCUCAACUCGGAAAUCAACAUGAUCGCGGAAGUCCUGGGGGGCGACGAGGGAGGUUCGAGCCCACACGUUUUCAAGAGCUCGGCCUUUUCGAUACCUACAACAUGCGGAUACUGUAAGGUAUCGAUCUGGGGUCUAAGUAAGCAGGGGAAGACCUGUAAAAGUUGUGGCUUAUCUGUGCACUCUAAAUGCGAGUUAAAUGUAAUUUCAUUCUCCCAUCUAAACCAUGUAGGGAUGCCGCUUACGGACAUCGUUAGGUACCUGCGGAGUGCAUCCGCAGCAUCAGUAUCCACCAGCUCCAGAAAAACUCCAAUACCAUCAUCUUCUGUGCCACACAAUACAUCACUUCAUGUGGAAGAAACGCAUCGAUUGGCUCGUGCUAUCUUCGACUUCGCGGCGUCCUCGUCCUUCGAAUUGAAUGUGACAGAGGGUACUGUGGUGCGUGUGGUGGAGGAAGACGAUGGUUCCGGAUGGGUAAAGGUGGCUGACUCCGAUGGUGAGAAAGGGUUGGUCCCUGCGACCUAUUUGGAAGAUGCAGGCGGAUGGCCAUUGGAAAAAUCUGAACCCUCUCAACGAGAUUCUCAGCAAGCGUCAGGCAUAUACGUACGGGCUCUCUACGACUAUCGAGCUCAAGAACCAGGAGAGCUGACGAUAAAUGAGGGGGACCUCGUUGAGCUGUCCUCUGGAACGAACGGAGGUCAAAACUAUGCAGACGGUUGGUGGGAAGGGUUUUCCAGAGACGGGAAGAAGGGGAUAUUUCCCAGUAAUUAUUUGACGAUAGAUUGAUCACGAUUUCGAACACCCUGUACCGUAGUCGGCGGAACCAAAUUGGAAAAUAAUGGUACAUACAUACCAUAUGAUGACCACCAAUUUCUAUCUCCGUAUUGCAGAACCAACUACACUACCUCCUUCAUUUAAGGUAUUAUUUUUCGUGGCGAUAUUGUAUCUCCCCAUUCUAAUAAAGGGAUCCUGCCUGAUCGCGACCGCCCGC